UCCACUUCUCUCUCUCUCUUCUUUUCCCCGUUCUAUUCUGACUGGGGACACUUGAGCCUUCCCCAACACCAAUUUCGCGGCCAUCCAUCUCACAAAAAAGAAUAUUUUUCACGACCAAAUAAAUCUGUCGAGUUCAGCGAAGCACAGUCGUGUCGUUCAUGCCAAACACCGUUUGAACCAGCCGUAAAAGUCCGUCACAAAUAGAAAAAGGAAAAUAACAUAUUAUGGGCUAAAAGUGUUCAUAAAUAUAAAAAUUAAAUUACUAACAGUAAAAUAUCAAAUAAAAAUGUAUAAAUGAUCUGUAAAAAUUUUUUUCCCAAUCCGUACGAGUUAUUUGUUGUAAAUUUAUAACCAAAAAUACAAUAGCGGUGAAAAAUAAAUGACAACUUUUGACCUUGUGUAAGGUCACGAGACAUUAGAUAUAUUGUGUUUUUAUGUUUCUACACAAAAAACACAGUUUAGGACAUAAUAAGGGUAAUUAACUCUACCUGAGAAUUAGUUUGGAGAAACCAAAACUUGUCAUCAACAGGUCACAGAUAGGGCACUACUGUGUGCUGCAAAAAUGGUAUAAUUCAGAGCAACCAUAGAUGAGUAGAUGGUUGAUGGUUACUAUCUUCUUGUCAACAUUCCCAAAAAAAACUCAAGGGUACCAACCGGACAGGUAGGGGAAAGGAGUAUAAGAGUGCGCAGUCGGGUAAGAGUACGCAGAUCAUUUUUAUUAUGUUGGUAUCACUACAAGCUAAUGCCAGUGCGGUGUUUAGGUGUGUAUGCGUGAACGCUGUUUCCUACUAAGUUGUUUCGAGUUACGUGUAUUUUGCCUGGAAGUUAUAGAGGAAUAAGUGAUUUACUGUAAAAGGUAUGUAAUUUUUUUAAUAAACAAUUUAGUGUUUUUGAACUCUUUAAGAUUUGUUAUUUCGUUUAAAGUUUAUUUCAUAAUAAAGUACGUCAUGUCGAGAACAACAUGGCGUGGUUAGCAGUUCUCUAUGUGUACUGUGCUGCUAUCUGUUGACGAUGUAACGAAACACUACGUAUGUGGCUAAGAGUGCGCACUGGGUUUGUGAAUGCGUACUCUUAGCCUCCCACAUUUGUUCCACUGUUAUCAAAAGAAACUUUUCUCUAUGGAAAUGUAUCAUAUUACUUUAAGUGUAGUGAUAACAGCAAUACUAAAUAAUACAUAAAUACUUGUUUCUAUUAACAUUAUUUAUUAUUUUGAUGUGAAUUUACCUUCAUUGUUGCAGAUAUGAUAUCUUUAUGAAUGGCUCCAUACAAGCGAAAAAGUGAGAGGGUUCUGACCACACAGGACAUCUUAGAUGAAGCAAAACGGAAAAUAGAGGCUGGUGACAGUAAAAGGAAAGUGGCCAGAGAUUUGGGAAUUAAGGAAAGCACAUUAAGGAAAAGACUCAAAGCAGGGACGGUUCCGGUAUCACUUGGGCGCUUUAAAAAUGCUUUGUCAGAUGAAAUGGAAAAAGAACUUGCACAGCAUUGUAAAGAUUUGGACAACAGGUUCUACGGCCUUACAAGAAAGCACAUAAUGAAAGUAGCUUUUGAUUUUGCAGAGAAGAAUGGAGUUUCUGAAAGAUUCAACCAAGAAAAAAAGUUGGCAGGAAAAGAUUGGUUAAAAGGGUUUUGCAAACGCCACAAACUUUCUGUUCGUGCGCCAGAAUUAUGCAGUGUUGCAAGAGCGGUGGGUUUCAAUAAAGUUCAAGUUUCAAGAUUUUUUGAAAACUUGAAGCAGUGUCGUCUCGAAAAAAAGUUUCCACCGCACAGGAUCUUCAAUAUGGACGAAACAGGGGUCACUACGGUUCCCAACAAAACACCCAAGAUAAUUAGCCCCAAAGGAAAAAAAACUGUUUGCAAGGUGUCUAGCGCAGAAAGGGGGCAAACUGUAACUGCUGUAUGCUCCAUUGGCGCUACAGGUUUUUAUGUGCCACCUGCACUAAUUUUUCCCAGAAAAAGAAUGAAUAACAUGCUCUACAAAGAUGCUCCGACAGGAACUUUGCCUCUGAUCAGUGACACAGGAUACAUGACCACAGAUCUUUUUAUUGAAUGGCUCAAACACUUUGCAAUGUAUGUCAAACCAUCACUAGACGAUCCAGUUCUCUUAAUAGCAGAUAACCACUCAACUCACUGUUCUCUCGGUGCAGUUUUAUUUUGCAGGGAAAACCACAUAACAUUUUUAACCCUACCCCCACAUGGUAGUCAUCUUACCCAGCCUCUGGAUAGGGUUGUUUUUGCACCACUGAAGACAGCAUAUGCAACUGAAGCAGAAAAGUGGCUAGUACAAAAUCCAGGAAAGGUGAUAACUCUUUACCAAGUUGCAGGCAUUUUUGGUGCUGCGUACAGUGCCACUGCGAGUGUAAAACUUGCUGAAAGAGCAUUCAAAGCUACUGGAAUAGAGCCAUAUGAUCCUGAUGUCAUAAGCGAAGAUAUGUUUGCUCCAUCAUUGGUGACUGCUCACAUUUCUAAUGAAGAGGGCUUAGGGCUAGCCCUACAUCAACCUGAAACCAUGUCUACUGAAGUUGAGAAGAACUGUGAUUCCAAUAAUUUGAAUAACGAUCAAGAAAAUGGCAAUUUGCUUUCUUCAGAACCCACAACAUCUGGCACAAUACGCAUUCAAAUUCAGUCAGUUCUGCCACUUCCACAACAUAAGCGGCAAGAAAGCAAAAACAAAAGACCAGCUCAAAAAUCAAAUAUCAUAACUUCAUCCCCUUACAAAAAUAUAUUAGAAGAGAAAGAGAAGGCAAAGCAAGAAAUAGAGAAGGCAAAAGCUGAUCGAGCUCUACUGAAAACAAGGCAUGAGGCCGAGACAAAGAAUGCGAAUACAAAGAAAGUAAAGUCAAAAAAUAAACUUAGAGCCAAUUUUGAAACUGUUCAAAGUCAAGGUCCCUCUACAAGUCAUGGUGAACCAUCCACUGAAGUAACUACCUGCCCUGCUUGUAAAGAAUCCUAUGACGAAGACUGUAUCCAGUGUGGAAUAUGCAACGACUGGUGGCAUGAAGGAUGUUCCAGUUAUGAAGGCUAUGGACCUUUUGUGUGCGACUACUGUUGAUGCGGACUCUUACCCUCACUGAUGCGGACUCUUACCCGCAUAGUAGGCCAAGAGUACGCAUUUGGAAUUAUUUUGUAAAACAUUUUUAUUCGUCUCAUGUUUAAAUCAUAAUUGCUAGAAAAAAAUUCUGAUGUUUCCUGAUUGAGUAAAGCAUGUUCUGUAAAAUUUGUGUUUAGAUAUCAUUUCAAUUACUGCCCUAAAAAAUUACCAACUUUCUAAGUGCGCACUCUUAUACUCCUUUCCCCUACAGUUUAAAGAAAAGGGCGAUUCCACAAUACAUGAUUCGUCGACAUCAAUUUCUAAAACACAGUAUUAGUUUUUUAUGACAAUACAAAGAAAAACAUCUCAAUUUAAUAUACUAUUUUUAUGCCUAGGUUCAUAUUAAUUGUUUUUUACAUGCUUAGAAACAUUGGCAUUGGAAGGUAGGGUGCAAACUGAAAAUUGGUACCCCUGCCAACACUCGUGUAAAACAGCUAUUACUGUUAGUUUGAGGUUUUUUACAGGUUAAUUUCGUAGUGAUAACAGUCGAGUAUUCAUUCCUGCAAAAAAACUGUUGUUGGUUUGUUGCACCCGCGAUAUAAAAGAUGGAAAGUUUGAUAUUCUCACAGAAAUAAAGUGCUAACGUUUUUGAAACUUUGUAAAAGUGAGAAGAAUUCAAAGGAAAACACUCGAGGUUAUCAGCAGAAUCAUGAACUAAAACUGGUGCUUUCUCAUCAGAAAGUAUUUGCGCUGAUUCGUACGUGCUCGUAUAGCUGUUCUGCAAAUCCAGGGAAAAAGUUACACAAUAUCGAUAUGUGGAGGUGUGCCAGAGCUAUUAUAGAUGAAGAUGGAGAAGUUAGCGUACAAAUUCUAAAGACAAUUGACAGUAAACGUUUCCUUAAAAUCGUGAAUGACUUAGCAGAAAUUCUAUUCUAAGACAUUAUCGCAUUAUUGUAAACGCCUGAGAAGA